AUGCUGGACACUGAGGAGUUGCUGAAAUUGAUGAAUGAACUCAUUAACUCUGUCAAGCAAUUGAUUGACCUCUCCCCAACAGAACUGCGUCUUCGUCUGACCCAAUUCAAAUGGGACAAAGACGCCUUCACUGAGGCCUACUUUGAUGAAGCCUGUAUGGGUAACUUUGACAUCUCCGACCUGGCGUCGCCUCGGGCAGACGAGGAGAGGCGAACUUCUGUGACCGAGCCUUUAGAGUGUAACGGCGCUGCGUCGUCAUCUACACUUAAUGGUAAGCCAAUAUAUGGAUUACCUACGUACAUAGAUACAUAA